UCAUUUUGGGCCAAUCUCCGCGCUCUGGAGUGACAUAAUGGAAUUUUUAGGGCUAGAAAGCGAGCGAGGUCUGGCGCUGCGCAUAGCAGUCGUGCCAUCGGGAAAAGACAAUCUCACCAGCGCGCAGGAGAGACUCAUUAGAGACCUUAAGGCAGUACAGCUGAAGUGGUCGUCUGUCUUACCGAAGAGGGGAAGGAAUCAGGAUCAUACAGAAAUAAGGAACAGCUGAUUUCCUCAUGUUUGGAUGUUACGUCGCGAUCGUUUUCAAUGCGUAACGCUCAGCACUCCCUCAUGUGAGGGUGUAGAAUGGAAACAACCCUCUACCCAGGCACCGUGCUGAACACUCCGAGGGUCUCCCGCAUAUACCAGAGCACGAUGAUGAAGAAGGAGAUUAAUCUGAACCUGGACGACCAGAACCCCGAGCUCAAAUCGAACCCGCUCCGAGACACAGACGGACUUCUAAACUCACCGGACUUGGGACUCUUGAAACUAACCACCCCGGACCUGGAGCGCCUUAUCAUCCAGUCCAACGGGCUGGUCACCUCCGCCAGCACCAACCCGACCACCCAGUUCCUGUAUCCGAAGUCGGCAAGUGACGAGCAGGAAUUCGCUGAGGGUUUCGUGAAGGCGUUGGAGGAUCUUCACAAGCAGAACCAGCUGAGCGAGGCUGGGUGCGUCUCCGUGGACAGACUGGAGCUCCUCGGAUCAUCCAACGCGGUCGGGUCCUCGGGGCUCCAGACAUCAGACCUCCCUGUGUACACGACUUUGAACGGGUAUGCUGCUAGCCCGCUUGGAGGCACCACCAUAAACUACGCCACGGACACCAUUCCCUUCCCGCCGCCACCGUCUCAUCUGGCCGGGGCGCAUCAACAGGCGGCGGCGGCUGCGCUGUCACGACUUCAGGCUGCCAGCGCGAUGAAGGACGAGCCGCAGACCGUGCCCGACAUGCAGAGCUUCGGGGACAGCCCCCCUCUGUCUCCCAUCGACAUGGACAACCAGGAACGCAUCAAGGCGGAGAGGAAAAAGCUGCGGAAUAGGAUAGCCGCCUCCAAAUGUCGCAAAAGAAAACUGGAGCGGAUUUCUCGGCUGGAGGACAAGGUCAAGAGCCUUAAAACGCAGAACACCGAGCUGGCGUCCACAGCCAGCGUCCUCAGGGAGCAAGUGGCCCAGCUGAAGCAGAAGGUGAUGAACCAUGUCAGCAGUGGGUGCCAGCUUUUACCAAACCAAGUCCAAGCUUACUAAGACGCCAGUAAUGGAUGUGUUUACAGCUUUUUAAUAUGCUCUGAGGAUGAGGCCUGUGCUUUCAGGAACAUUUGUAACCUUUAAUCCUUAUCAGAGACUUGAUAUGAGGCCAUUGUAAAUGUACCAUGGAGAUUAAGCCUGUAACUGAGAAAGAGAACAGAUAACUCCUCUGUAUAGAUGAACUGGCCUAAGUGAGAGCAAAGUGUACUGGAAAUUUAGCAGCAGCAGGUAUAUGUGCUGCAGCCUCUUCUGAUCAUUCAUGAAAAUGUGGCAGUGUUGUGCAGCAAACAGACUCAUUUUGUUGCUCUUAUUUGUUUUGGUAAGCCAUGUAGCAAACAGCUAUCCAUUGGACAUUUUUUAAAGGAUAGCGGUUAUCAGUGUGAGUUUAAGCUGGACAAUCUCAACCAAGAGUGCAACCAAACCCCAGGGUGUCACCAAGUGCUGUCAUCCACCAUGUAAUAUAAUGCCUUACUUGUUUACAAGCACUUAGCGAUGACAAAUAUAUUUUAUUUACUGAAACAUUUCUUAUUUGACAUAUGGUCUUACUUGUUCUUGUUUUCCUAAAUUGAACACUGCAUGUCUCUUCGCUCUUAUGUACAGUAACGGUGUAUUUGUUUUAUGUUGGCUACGGUGUAGUUGCCACUUCCAUGAAUGUUUGUGUACGUGCUGACACCCUAUGUAUCCACGAGUAAUGGACUUUUAAAGUCUCUACCUGACUUUUAUUAAAUAACUCACUACAUUACUAAA